AGGAGCGACUCGAGAAACUGCAAGUUGCUUCUGGUGUGAGAGAAUUGGCCGUCUGCAAGGACGUUGCCCAGGGGACGCCCGGAUGAAUUGAUGUUUUCAUCAUCCUUGUGGGAGGCUUCUCUCAUGUCCCCGCAUGAGGAGCUGGAGCUGAUAGAGGGAGCUCAUCCGCCUCUCCCCGAAUUUGAACCUGCAACCUGUCGGUCUUCAGUCCUGCCAGCACAGGGGUUUAACCCACUGUGCUACCGGGGGCUCAGUGUCACCACUGUCAUCCCACAACUAAGCCAAGACUCUUUGUAUUUCAGCAAUGUUCUUCUCCAUCUUUUGUCUUUCAGCCCCUGGAUUCCUUUAAGGAGGCUGUUGUGUGUUUCACCAAGAAGGAGCGGAGAGUCCUGCGUCAAGUCCAGUGUGCGUCGUAUGUAGAAAAUACAAUGGAGACCUGUGAGAAUAUGGCCUCUGGAAGUCAGCAGGAGAAUGAGAACUAUAGGGAGCCAAUCAUGGAAAAGCAGGAGCUUGGAAAGCAAAAGAGAAUGGAAAUAGAAAACAACGUCCAAGUGAAAAGCCCAAAGACCUUCUCUUCCUUCCACCAGGCUGCUCAUUCCGAACCUCUAAUCUCAGAAUCAAAUAAGAUUGACUGCCCUGACUGUGGGAGAAUUUGCAACUGCCACACACAGUUAAACAUAGAUGCCUGGCUCCACAAAGGAGACAAAGCAUAUACAUGCAUGGAAUGUGGAAAGCACUUCAGUGACAGUAGAAGUCUGCAUUCACAUCAGAGAUCCCACACAGGGGAGAAGCCAUAUAAGUGUGUUGAAUGUGGGAGGAGCUUCCGUGACAGUGGAAAUUGUCAUAAGCAUCUAAGAACUCACACAGGAGAUAAACCAUACGAAUGUAUGCUAUGUGGAAAGACCUUCAGCCGAAGUGACCAUCUGCGUUCUCAUCAAAGGACCCACACAGGGGAGAAGCCCUAUCAAUGCAUAGAAUGUAGAUUGUGCUUCAGUCAGAGUGCACACCUACGUUCGCAUUUAAGGACCCACACAGGGGAAAAACCAUAUGAAUGCACGGAAUGUGGAAAGAGCUUCAGUAAUGAUCAGACAUGUAAUAACCAUCUGAAAACUCACACAGGGGAAAAGCCAUAUAAGUGCAUUGAAUGUGGGAAAAACUUCAGUCGGGCCACACACCUGCAUUACCAUCUAAUGACCCAUACAGGGGAGAAGCCGUACAAAUGCAUGGAAUGUGGAAAGAGCUUCUCGCGUAGUAACAAUCUACAAUUACAUCAAAGAUCCCACACAAGGGAGAAGCCAUAUAAAUGCAUGGAAUGUGGAAAGAGCUUUAACCAUAGUGGAAGUCUACAUUGCCACCAAAGGACCCACACAGGAGAGAAGCCAUAUAAAUGUAUGGAAUGUGGAAAGAGCUAUAGGCAAAGUGGGUCAUAUAAUACACAUCUAAGGGCCCACACAGGGAAGACCCCGUAUAAAUGCCUGUCAUGUGGAAAAGCCUUCAGGGGAAGUCGAUCUUAUGAGAAACAUCAAAUAACUCACACAGGUGAAACUAUGUGAAUGCAUGGAAUGUGGAAUGAAAUUCAGUGGAAAUAAUUGUUCAUUUCUUAGUUCAUUACAAUUUACCACAUUUUGCAGGACCCAGAACUUGAUACUAACAUUCCAGGAAAUGUCUUACUAACCCAAGGUUAUGAUUUGUUUUAUUAGACAAAUUUAUCUCCAAUUUGUCUCCUUAGAGAUCUUAAUAUUUUACCUAAACACACAUAUAAUAAAAAUGAAAAUGUGUAUGUGGCAGGGGUGUCCACUUACACAGACAGACCCCCACUUCCACAAACAGCAAUACUUUGCACACGUCCCUCCCUUCCACUGACAUUGCAGGUUAUAGUGAGCGUCAUGAAUAUGAACAUGUCCAAGAGCCCUGCCAAUGUCCUCCACCAACACCAUAUUGCCCACCAUUCAAGUGAAGGCUUUCAUGCAGGAUCCUAGAUGUUCCAUUUUCCUCCAGAAUUGAAACUCCAGGGUUCCUUUCUCCAUUGGUGUGGAGUUUGCAUGACCCCACCCACUGCUUCUCCCUUAACCUUUUCCAACGGCACACAGCAAACAGAGGAAUUGGGUCCAGAUCCAUUGGUUGGGUAACAGUGCUCUCUGGAUGUAGGUCAAGUACAACUCCUAUAAAUCCCUCCAAAGACCUCCAGUGUUUUUUCUUGGUCAUGGGGGUUCUGUGUGCCAAGUUAGUUCCAGGUUCAUUGUAAUCGAGUCCAGAGUGCUGUUGAAUGCAGGUGAACUAUAAAUCCCAGUACCUACAACAGCUAUAAAUCUUGGUGAAUUCCCCCCAAAUCCCUCCAGUAUGUUUUGUUGGUCAUGGGGGGUUGAGUGCAAAAUGUGGUCCAGGUCCAUUGGCAGUGGAAGUCACAGUCCUGUGUCCUGAUGCAGGGUGAACUACAACUUCCAUCCUGUGGAGUCUGUGCCCCAACCCCCUACAGAAUGUUCAGUUGCUGAUCAAUUCCUCUGUUUGUUGUGUGCCAUAGGAAAGGGCUAAGUGAGAGGCAAUGGGAGGGGUCAU